AUGAAAACACGCGAAACGGUCGCCACGACAAGUGGUACCGAUUCGUCACCGAAGACAACGAUAUUGCCAGCAAAAAAGGACUAUUUUCAUGUUGAAGCCAACAUUCAAAAUGAGUUUGGAGUCUGUGGAUGGAUUCUCACUAUCCUCUCUUAUCUUCUCAUUUUCUUCACUCUCCCAAUUUCGGCAUGCAUGUGUAUAAAGGUAGUUCAAGAAUAUGAGAGAGCUGUUAUCUUCCGUCUUGGUCGUCUCAUGCCAGGUGGUGCAAAAGGACCAGGUAUAUUCUUCAUUGUUCCAUGCAUUGACACCUACCGGAAAGUUGAUCUCCGCGUCCUUUCAUUCGAAGUCCCUCCACAAGAAAUUCUGUCAAAAGAUUCUGUAACUGUUGCUGUCGAUGCUGUCGUUUACUUCCGUAUUUCUAAUGCAACUAUCUCGGUCACCAAUGUUGAAGACGCUGCUAGAUCCACAAAACUUCUUGCUCAGACAACUCUUCGUAACAUUCUCGGAACUAAAACUCUCGCUGAAAUGCUCUCAGACAGAGAAGCCAUUUCUCAUCAAAUGCAGACAACUCUGGAUGAAGCUACUGAGCCAUGGGGUGUAAAAGUCGAGAGAGUCGAAGUUAAGGAUGUCCGUUUGCCAGUACAACUUCAACGUGCUAUGGCAGCUGAAGCUGAAGCUGCUCGUGAAGCUAGAGCCAAGGUCAUUGUUGCCGAAGGAGAACAAAAAGCGUCCCGUGCACUCAAGGAAGCUGCCGAAGUCAUUGCUGAAAGCCCAUCUGCUCUUCAACUCCGUUACUUGCAAACAUUGAACAGUAUUUCUGCCGAGAAAAACUCAACAAUCAUCUUCCCUUUCCCGAUUGACUUGCUGAGCGCUUUCCUCCAACGACCUGCAGCAAAAGUUGAUAACAAUUUUGCAUCACAACAACAAAAAGCCGGUGGAAUACCGUCUUCAUCUUGA